UAGGCUCCCGUAUACUCAACCUUGAAUAGGCCCUCGAUUUGUAUCAAAAGAAGAUGAUUAUUCCUAUCUUAGCGACGCUGACUGUUAUAAUCGUAACUGCUAUUUUGCUGAAAGUCGUCUUUGCGAGACGAUUGAAAGGGCGCAGGAUCCUUCUCGUAGGCCUAAGCGAUGCAGGAAAGACUCUGAUGUUUAGCCAGCUUCAUUCAGGGAUGAAAAUCAUGACUCAAACGUCAAUGAAAGAAAACAAAGGUCUUAUGAGUAUAGAAGAUGGAAAAAUGUCGGAUUACUCUCAACUGGGCGCCCACCAACCCGGCAGUCCCAGAGAGAAACAAGCAGUGGUUGAGUUGGUGGAUGUUCCUGGCCAUGAACGAUUAAGAUCUCAAAUUCUAGAAAAGAACAAACAGGGAGUUCGUGGUAUCAUCGUCGUUGUUGACAGUGUCAACUUUCCUACUGAAUCACGCGAUGUAGCAGAGCUUGUGUAUGACAUGUUGGCAGACUCAACUUUUUGUUGUUACCGGGUGCCACUUGUGGUGGCUUGUAAUAAACAAGAUAUGGUAACAGCAAAGUCAGCUAAUGUGAUCGGGUCACAGCUAGAGAAAGAGAUUAAUGCAUUGAGGGUGACCCGAUCGGCUGCCCUAGAAGGUAUAGACAACACAAACGUUGGCUCAAAGAAUACAUUUAUUGGGAAGGAAGGAAAAGACUUUGAGUUUUCUCAAGUCAGCAACAGCGUCUCACUCAUCGAAUGUUCGUGCAAGCGAAACACAGGAGACGAAGCAGACCUUGAAGCAGUCAAAGACUGGAUCAAGGGAGUGUUUUAG